UUGGAUGCAGUUAGUUUUGGAACUCUUUUGAUUAUGGAGAUAAAUACGUCCAUCGUCAACAUGAGUUGACAGCUGAUAUCAGGGAUGUUGGAGUGCUGGUUGUAAGAAAUAUGAUGCUGAUCUUUACUUGUACUUAAUGACCUGUAAUACAUAAGUGUAGGUCUCGGCGGACCUGUAAACAUGGGGGACUCCUCGGAUGGAGGUGCUGUUUCUUCGACUCUACCUGUUAACUUUGGAUCAAACCUUCAUCUACCUUUGUUCUCUUCCAUGAGAAUUCCAAGCAUGGAUUCUCUUGUGAGCAACCAUGGUUCUACUGUGUCAGAAGAUGAAUACCGAUUCGUCGAGGUCUCACAUCCAGCGCAGCUUCUUGCAGGACUAAAUAAUCUGAGAAAAAGUCAAACAUUCUGUGACAUUACAAUAUGUGUAGAUGGCAGAGAGUUCUAUUGCCAUAAGGUCAUCUUGUCUUCAUUCAGCCCAUAUUUCAAAGCCAUGUUUGCUGGAAGUAUGGCAGAAAGUUUUCAAGAUAAGAUUUCUAUAAAUUGUAUGGAAGCAUCCAUGGUAGAACUUCUCCUUGACUUUGCUUAUACAUCAGAAAUACUUAUCAAUAAAUCAAAUGUCCAGUCUCUGUUGUCUGCAGCAAACCUUUUUGAAGUUUUGACAGUGAAAGAGGCUUGUUGCCAUUACCUUGAACAAAACAUGGAUGAAUCCAAUUGUAUAGGUAUCCAUUGUUUUGCUGAAAUUCACGCCUGUGAUGACCUACAGCAGAAAUCUCGGGAAUAUUUAUUACAAAACUUUGUCACAGUUUGGCAGCAAGAAGAGUUUGUCCAAAUCAACCAGUCCAAGCUUGUAGAAAUUCUGUGUGAUGAUGAUUUAGUAUGUGAUAAUGAGGAGGUCAUAUUUGAAGCGGCAGCAAGUUGGUUGAAUUUUGACCUUGAGAAACGUAAGGAUGACUUUGACAAUGUGUUGGAGUGUGUGAGGCUGCCACUAACUAAUCCCUACUUCAUUCACGAUUAUGUUGAAAGCAACACAACAAUUAUGCAGUCUGUGGCUUGUAGACGAUUGGUAGAGGAGGCCAAGACAUUUCAAUUGUUGAAAGACAGACAAUGUCAGUUCCACAACCAGCGGACACGACUCAGGAAAAGUGCAGUGAUGACAGAGGUGAUUGUUGCUGUUGGAGGAGAAGAUGACAAGGUGGUUCUCCGCAGUGUGGAAACCCUGGAUCCUAGCACAUUCCAGUGGAAACCGUUAGCAUGUCUUCCAUUUGCUGUUAGCAAGCAUGGGUUAGUGGCUUCAGGCUCCACCUAUCUGUACCUGGCUGGAGGAGAGUACCCCGACGGCUCUGCCAGUAAGAGUGUGUGGCGGUAUGAUUCUUGUAUCGACUGCUGGGAAGAGUUGUCCCCCAUGCAAGUAGCCAGAUCUGAGCUAGGUGUAGCGAUGCUAGACUGUCACAUGUACGCUGUGGGAGGCUGGGAUGGCUCCAGUCGAUUAGACAGUGUUGAACAGUACAGUGUAACCACUAACACGUGGACAUUUGUGGCAGCCAUGAAGAUAGCCCUGACCAGUCCUGCAGUGGCUGCCAUGGAAGGCUGUCUGUAUGUAACAGGUGGAGCUGUACUUGAGGACGGAGAUGGGAUAGAACUAGUCCAGUGUUACAACCCACGCACAGACAGGUGGACAGACAAGAACUCCAUGUUGAUUCCACGCUCAGGUUCUGGGGCCUGUGUUCUCAAUGGGUUCCUGUAUAUCAUAGGAGGUUGGCAUGCUUCUACAGAAAACACCAGUAAGGUGGAGUGUUACAACCCGAGGACAGACCAGUGGGUCCAAAAAAGUCCGCUCUUGGAGAGACGAUACAGACCAGGUGUCGCAGUUGUAUCUGGCAAGGUGUAUGUCCUGGGAGGAGAGGAGGGCUGGGACAGGUACCAUGACACAAUAGAGUGCUAUGAUCCAGAAACAGACAGCUGGGAGAUCGUAGGGGAAAUGCAGUCAAGUCGUAGCUGGCUCAGCUGUGUAUCUCUGGUACUUCAUAAAGACGUUCUAAAUCGUGACCGACACACUCACCAUUGUACCGUGUGACACACCUGAUACUAGUGUACGAGACAGAACAUGUCUUACUGAUGAGAUAUAAACAGAAUGUAUGAACAGAGAUUGAAAUUCUGGAAGCAGUGUUAUCCCAUGACACUGUUUGAUUCUCUCUCGAAUUAUAGUGAUAUUUUUGAUUUUGUAAACACCAUUGAUACUUAAUUAUGAAUCUCAUUAACUUCUGUUUUUAAUGAUCUUAAAACAUUGAUUAAAUGUUGACUUAUUGAUUAGUAAUUUUAUACUAUCAUAGUAUCUAGAUAUACACACAUAUAUACAGAUAGUGGACCAGCAUGUCUUUGGGAGGUUUGAAAUGAUUUUACGCUCCAAAUGAUUAAAUGGCAACAGAGUGGUAGUGUAGUUUGGCUUCAGUUUGUGUUUAAAUGUAAAAUAUCAAUUAUAAUUAGUACGAAUGACUAGUCCUUUUAGGUAUAUAUUACAUCUUUUAAUGUACUGUAUUUCUGGGAGUUGUCUUUCUUUGUUUUGAUCUUCAUGUUCAAUCGUAGGUGACUCACCAUUGCCAUAUUACAGGAUGUAAAAUGAGGUUUUUAAUGUAAGAUUUGUGGAAGAAGUAUUACAAAUAUUUUAGCUUAGCUCAUCAAAAGUGCGAAAAGUUACAUUUUAUAUGAUUCAAAUAAAUGGAAAUGUUUAUCAUAUAAGAGUUAUUUAUAUCCAUGACAUCACAGCAUUUCUCUAUAAUAACAAUAUUUAUCUUAAGAACUGUUGUUCCUUGGUGAUACCCCGGUGUCUGGGAUGAUUUGAAGUUGUAACAUGACAAUUGAAGUAAUAGAAACCAAAUGUUACAGUGCUAACUCAUUGUACACAAUACAUAUUGCUUGUUUUAUCCUGAUUGGUCAGCUGUGUGUCUUUUAGACGAAGAUUUUACCAUUAAUUUGUGUUUGUGUCGUACCUUGUUCUAUCCUGAUUGGUCAGCUGUGUAUCUUUUAGACGAAGAUUUUACCAUUGAUUUGUGUUUUGUGUCAUACCUUGUUCUAUUCUGAUUGGUCAGCUGUGUAUCUUUUAGACGAAGAUUUUACCAUUGAUUUGUGUUUUGUGUCAUACCUUGUUCUAUUCUGAUUGGUCAGCUGUGUAUCUUUUAGACGAAGAUUUUACCAUUGAUUUGUGUCAUAUACCUUGUUUUAUUUUACACACAAGGAAAGGACAUAUUAAAUGAUUUUGUGAUACAGCUCAA